AAAACACACUCCGUGUAAACACUCACACAGCUUCGCGCUUUCCCUCACUUUCCCUCUUUUCCUUUCUCUCUUUAAAGCAACAUCUCUCUCCUUUCACACUGCCUCUUUAGCAAACAAAUCUUUCAGUUCUUCUUCACUCAUUUCCUUCUUCUUGUCUUACAGUUUUUAGUCAUAAUGGCAGCACAAGAUCGACCUGAAGAUCCUCCUGUACUCCUCAACUACAAGACUUGGGUCUUGAAAGUUUCCAUUCAUUGCGAAGGAUGCAAAAGGAAAGUCAAGAAAAUCCUCCAACAAGUUCCAGGAGUGUACGCUAUAGAUAUUGAUCUCAAGCAACAAAAAGCAACAGUAACUGGCAACGUAGAGCCAGAAGCUCUCCUCAGAAAACUACACAAAUCCGGCAAACACGCCGAAUUAGUACCACAACAGACUGAUCACAAGGAGAAAAAGUCUGCUAAAAGCAAGAAAAAAGAGAAAGAAACUGACCCUCAAAGCAAAGCAUCAGCAGCAUCAACUAGCCAACCCCAUACCAAAUCAACUGGAAAAACUGUAUUACCCAAAGAACCCUCUGCAAAAAUUGAAGAUGCUAGUCGUGAAGUACCCCAAAAGAGUGAAGAGUCUAGCACCGGUCCAGCUAAACCGGAAGAAGAAACUGCCUCCGGUUCAGCUGAUGAACCGGCGGCGCCUAAAGAGAAAACCGAUGAAACAGUAAAGGAAGAAAAAUCUGAAGGGAAAAAACCGGUAACCGACACUGCCGGUAAACAGCAAAUUCCGGAGGCGGCGGCGGAGAAAAAAGUUACUGAAAGUGAUAAUAAUGCUUCUGCUAGUGCCGAAAAAAGCGGUGGUGGCCCAGUUAGUGAAGCCAGUGGCAGUGUUGGUAAAAAGAAGAAAAAGAAAGGGCAAAACAGUAACAACGCAGAGGGGACUACACCUACACCUACACCAUCAAUCGUUCUUCCGGCAGGUCCAGUAUUCGAACAUCAUAACAUGGGCCCACAAGUUUCUGCCCCAACCAAUGAGAUCCCUCCACGUCAACCAGGUUAUCAUUAUUACCCACAGCAGGGCCCACAGUUCUAUGUCCCACAACCUGCAUACGUCGUUAGCUACAAUACGGCUCAACCUACGAGUAGCUAUACGGCUUCGUAUUAUGCUCCGGCUCCUCCAACUUCUUAUGCGUAUACGUAUUCUGGUCCUGUUGCGGAACCUCCACCGUCCGAUGUGGAUACGUAUCCACGACAGCCGUUGGAUUCGUUUGAAAUGUUCAGUGAUGAAAAUCCAAACGGAUGCUUUAUUAUGUAACGGCUUAUACUACUUGUAUAAGUACAAGUAUAAGACGGGUUUUAUGUAGAUAUAAUUAUAAAAAUGGAGAGAUUAGGGUGUAAUUUAGAAAAUGCCAGGUGUUAGUGUUGGGUCUUCUAGUGGGUUGUUACUUCUUUUUUGAAUGUUUGUAGCUUUAUUUAGUUGAGACAUUUUCGUUUUUUAGUCUAAAAGUAGCUUAGCCUUGUAAUGCUUAGUUGUAUUUUGGCCCCUUUUGCCUCAUUCAUCUCCUUUUUGCCUCUCUAAUUAUAUGUGUAAAUACAUUUGCUCUAA